GAAAAACCCUCGGCUCGCUCAUAUAAAAACGAACGCAUCAGCGCCUGUGGAUUCAAAAGUUAACCGACAUUUCAUCUGUCAACGUGCAGCAGUAACAACGACAAGGAAAGUUCCUGUUUCGGCAAAUAAUAUUUUACUCAUUUUUGAGAAUUUGUGCCCGUGUUUGUGUUCCUGUGUUUCUCAGUGCAUAAAUCAUAAUUGCCUUGGCGGUAAUUUGAGUGUAAUCCGCGAAUAGUUGCAAACACUUUUCUGUUCCAAAGAUUGACAACUGGUCGCCGUUUCUUCAACUUACAGACACAAGUCACAGAAAAAAGGAGGCACGUGCCCGCGACACGUCUAAGACAAUGAAUAUGCUAAAUACUCAAAUGCUCCUGCUGGCGCUAUACUGCCUAGGAUACGUUUGCUGUUCACCGGCCAUCGGGGCGCAAGAACCCAGCAGUCAAAUUGGAAAUGAUGGCGAUGGCGAAAACGAUAUGCUGAUGAGUGCCGUCGAGGAUGGACCAGAGAAUGGUGGUGAUAUCGAUAAAAGGGUGGAACGCUAUGCCUUUGGGUUGGGACGACGUGCCUAUAUGUACACCAAUGGAGGCGCUGGAAUGAAACGUCUGCCAGUGUAUAACUUUGGACUGGGCAAGCGAUCAAGACCAUACUCUUUCGGUCUAGGCAAACGCAAUGAUUAUGACUACGAUCAGGAUAAUGAGAUUGACUAUAGAGCGCAGCCAUUAAGCUUUAUGGGUGCUGCAGGUAGGAGCGGCCGACAGUACAAGCGAACAACGCGUCCACAACCCUUCAACUUUGGUUUGGGUAGGCGUUAAGGCUCCUCACACCAAAACACAAAAACAGAACACAGAUGAUAUACAAAUCACUAUUCCAGCAGUAUGCCAUUUGUGACGGUCAAAGUAAGCUUUGACCAUUACUGAAAAUUGUUGUUACAUGGCUUUGAAUUGCACCACAGUCAACCAUAAAUUGAAUUCGAAAACUAAGGUACAACAAAAAAGAUAUCUUUAAAUCCAGUAUAUUAAUAUGAAAGAAUACCAAUUUAAUUCAAUUCAGUUUAUUAGUAUGAACGAAUACCGAUUAAAGCAAGUUCUUCAUUUGACGCGUUAAUCUGCGCAGUAUUCUUGUUUUAGAUGCAAGAGAUGGAGCCAAGAAAAUUGAAAAACAAAAAAAUUAGAAAAAAAGCAAAAAAAAAAAAAACAUAAAUAAACAAAAACAAUUGGCAUGUGCAAUUAAAUGAUGACAGAAUAUAUAAACGUACAUAACUAUUCAAUUAUAUACUACAUAUUCGAUCUAAUCAUAUUUUAAUAAAUACAUUUUAAUGGGGCAUAAUUAUACUUAAAAAAAAAACAAUUAUACAUACAUUCAUAUGUACACGUUUAUAGUAUAAUACCAAAUAAAAUAUGUGUACUUUUUGGGGCCCUGAGUCCCCUUACUAUUUCGAGCAUUCGAGUGAACACGCAGCCGUAGGAGAAUAAUUCGUUGUACCCGCACGAAGCGCUCAAAACAUAAUAUUUACCAUAGCUAAAAGUAUAAGUAUAUACCAACCUGUUGAAACAAAGUGAUUAUUUUAAUUUAAAUACAUGUAUGUAAUUGUUUUGUGAAUAUAUUUUAAUAAACAGUAAUCUGGGCACUGCAAAACUGUGCAAGCAAAAAUACAAAACCAAAACUUUUCGUUGCAAUAAAACAUAAUCACUUAAUAAACAUUGAACAGUACAUUAAAUUACAUCAUUACGAAACAUCAAUCAACAUUAAAUUACAUCAUAUCAUUACGAAACAUCAAUCAAAACAAUUGUAACAAUUAACUACAGAUUUAUAAUGAGCUCUUCUACUCGUACAGGUAACUUA